AUGGGUUCCCUGACUAAAAAAUCAGUUCUCGUACUAUGCGGCGACUACAUGGAGGAUUACGAUGUUGUCGUCCCUUUCUUCACCCUCCGAGCCUUUGGCGUACGCGUUGACUGUGUCUCCGGGGGUAAACUCCCCGGCCACCGAUGCUUCACCGCCGUCCAUGACUUUAUGGGCUUCGAGGCCGACUCCUACGACUGCCUCCUAAUCCCUGGCGGGGGGUUAAUUGAGCUUCUGAGCGCCGACGACAAGACGGUGGGACUGGUGAGGAAGUUCGAGGCCGGGAAGCCUGUCGUCACCAGCUACCACAGCCAGAUCUAG